AUGGACAAAAACACGUCAUCGUCCUCGGGUCAUUCAAAUGGUGCAGACCAAGAAACAACAACUCCCCAUGAAGAAGAAGGUUCAACAACAAAUAACAAGACAGAAAAAUUAAAACAACAACAUCAUGAUGAACAACAAUCCACACCUUCAUCAAUUAUUCCGAAACAAUCACUCGAAAGAUUUCAAUUCAAAAACACCAUCAAAUCUGGUGGAUCCAUUCGAAUCAGACUUAACAGAGAAAACAAAUUUAUAAAAGAGCAUGAUAUUGUUUCAGGCAAUAUUGAUGUCAAAUUAACGGAGGGUUUAGAUUCAUCUCUAUCCAAAAAAUUGAUUUUGAGAUGCAAAGCCUUUGAGCGUUGUCUCAAGAAAAGUGAGAAUGGACAAUUCGAGUUGGAAAAAGAAAAAGUAUUUUGCUUGGAUUAUAUUUUGAUCAAGGAUUUUAUGAAUGAAGAUCUUGAAAUUGGCCAACACUCGUAUCCAUUUACCUAUCAAUUGCCGGAUAGAAUUCCGACAAGUAUUUUCCAUGAAAGAAAUGGCAUUCAAUUUAUCAUUUGUUACAAGCUAAAGGCUUUUCUAGUAACAGAACAUGAUGCAGUAACAUUGCAUCCUCAUUCUCCUUCACCUCCAACAGAACAGAAAAAUUCCCAUGAUCAUCCCCAUUCAUCUGCCAAAGAAGCAAUGUCAACGACUGAAGCUUAUCCAACACUGGAGGGAAUUGGAAAAUCUUCCAUGCAUUUUGAAACUUCUAAAAAGUUUUUAUUCUCCUCGAAAAAGAUGAAAAUUAGUUGUGAUUUUGCAAGAAAUACUUUCAGAAUGUAUGAUGACGAUAUUGUUUUUACUCUCCACGUUGAUAACGAAUCAUCGAAAACAGUCAACAAAAUAGUUAUAUCACUUAUACAAACAUUUAAAUGUUUGGAAUCUGCCAUUAAAGUUUUUGAUUCCAAAACUGAAGACAUAGAUGAGAAUGUGAUGUUUGAGAAACAAUUUGAUGAAACUGUUGUUCCUGAAGCCAAGUUGGAAAAGAAGAUAGUAUUUGAGAUACCUUCUUAUCGUGAUAUGUCAGAAGUCAAUGUUAAGAAGACUGAAGGCAGCAAAUCGAUUAAUGAGCAAUAUGACGCAUUUGAAAAUAGAAAAUAUUGGCUUCCAAGUGUCAACAACUCCAAACUCAUCCACGUUUCAUACACCAUUAAGGUUACUUGUAGCGUUUCAUUUGGACCGGAUGUUGUGCUAUCAUGCCCCAUCUAUAUAAAGCCCUCUGUGACAGGUCUUCAUUAUCCAAAGAAGGAUUAA